CACUCUCGAAUCGCCAAGCCUCGCCAUCACGCAGCACGCAUUGCAGCUCGAAUUGAUCCGCGCCGCUGCUGAGUCUCUUCAAGGGCCGCGGAAGCGCGAUAGCACCGACAACCUAAUUAGAGGUCCCCUCAGUGUGUGCUCGCUCCUGCUUCCCUCACAUGCCUUACUGUG